AUGCAGUACAAGACCCUUUCUUUGCUCCUUCUGACUGCCACUGCCCUGGCUGCACCAGAGGCCAGGCCCGAGGCGGACCCUGAAGCUGCUCCUGAAGCUUCCCCAGAAGAUUUUGGCAAGAGGCAGUAUGACUACGCGAGCCUCAUGAACGAGCUGAACAGCUUGACUGACUUCUUGACCAACACCGAGUACCAGCAAUACUUGACCAACACCGACUGGGAGCAAUACUUGACCAACACCGACUUUGGCGGUUUUCCAACCAAUACCGCCGUUGGCAACGCUCCUACACACACCAAUACCGCCGUUGGCAACGCUCCUACAAAAACCAAUACCGGCGGCGUCCCGACUGACCUGGGAGGUCUCGGCUCCUUCUCCAUGCCAACCGCCCCCGCCCUCACCUACGACGGCAUGCCUCCUCCGUCCAUUGCCUCUGUGCUCAUCACUGCUGUUCCUUCCUCAUACAUGUCUGAGCUGGCCAAUCCCAGCGUUCGCUCAUCCCUUAUCAACGAUAUCCAACACGGUCACUACCCUUCGUGGUACAGCGCUCUGCCUAACAGUGUCAAGCAGUGGAUCUCGACCAACUAUGCUUCCAUGACUGCUGCGGCAGCAACGGCCACCGCCAAAUCGGGCUCUGGGUCUGGAUCCAACGGAUCUGGUUCUCAGAGCUCUGCGUCGAGCGCCAGCUCGCAAGGCGCUGCUCCUGCUGCCACUGGUUCCAUUGCGGCUAGCAUUGUGGGUGCUGCCGGUAUCCUUGGUCUUGCCCUCGCCCUGUAG